AGGGGGCAGCGCCGGCCCCGCGCAGCAGCCCGCCCGGGAGUCGCCCGGCAGCGGAGCGGAGCGGAGCAGAGCAGAGCAGAGCAGGGGCGGCGGCGGCCGAAGUUGUGCGGCGGGAGCGGAGCGGAGUGGAGCGGCCCUGCCAUGGACGAUCUGGAUGCCUUGCUAGCGGACCUGGAGUCCACCACCUCACAUAUCUCCAAACGGCCAGUGUUCCUGUCAGAGGAGACCCCUUAUUCCUACCCAACUGGAAACCAUACGUACCAGGAGAUUACAGUGCCACCCCCUGUACCACCACCUCCUUCUAGUGAGGCCCUGAAUGGGACUGUGAUUGACCCUUUAGACCAGUGGCAACCCACUACCUCCAGAUAUAUCCACCAGCAGCCUCAGUCCCAGUCUCCUGUGUACAGCUCUGCUGUCAAAAGCUCCAGUGCCUCUGUUCCCAGAGAGAGCAUCAGCUCUCCUUCCUCCCGUGCCAGUGAAGAGGAACACGUCUACAGUUUUCCCAACAAACAGAAGUCUGCAGAACCAUCUCCCACCAUGACAAGCUCCUCACUGGGCAGCAACCUGUCAGAACUGGACCGACUGCUUCUGGAACUGAAUGCGGUGCAGCACAAUCCAGCUAGUAGUUUCCCAGCAGAUGAAACCAACAGGAGUUCCUCACUGCCUAGUGUGACUGGACCUCACUAUGUCAUCCCUGAAACCAGUAGCUCUUUGACAGUGAAGGCAGCACCUCCCACAAAAGAGAAGCCAAAGCGGAAUGGAGGGCGAGGUAUUGAGGAUGUGCGUCCCAGUGUGGAGAGCCUUUUGGAUGAACUGGAAAGCUCUGUGCCAACUCCAGUCCCUGCAAUCACUGUGAACCAGGGUGAGAUGACCAGUCCACAGCGGGUCACCUCCAGCCAGCAGCAAACUCGCAUAUCUGCUUCUUCAGCCACACGAGAACUGGAUGAGUUGAUGGCAUCCCUCUCUGAUUUCAAGUCUGGUUCUGCGCAGCCUGCACGAUGGCCACAGGCCCCUGGCCAGGAUGAGGAAUCACGUGGUUCUCUUGAUGGAGUCCCUCCUCUGUGCCCCUCCACUGCAGCAUAUGCGCAGCCACAUUUCAUGGCUCAGGGGAAAGCUGGGGGUAGCUCCCCGCCAGCUGCACUCCCCAAACCAGGCAGCCAGUUGGACACCAUGUUGGGAAGCCUCCAGUCUGACCUGAACAAACUGGGAGUAGCGACUGUUGCCAAAGGUGUUUGUGGAGCCUGCAAGAAACCUAUUGCUGGACAGGUUGUCACAGCCAUGGGGAAAACCUGGCACCCAGAGCACUUCGUCUGUACCCACUGCCAGGAGGAGAUUGGGUCGCGGAACUUCUUUGAGCGUGAUGGUCAGCCCUACUGUGAGAAGGACUAUCAUAACCUCUUCUCCCCUCGCUGCUACUACUGCAACGGCCCCAUCCUCGAUAAAGUGGUGACUGCCUUGGACAGGACAUGGCACCCAGAACACUUCUUUUGUGCGCAGUGUGGAGCUUUUUUUGGACCUGAAGGAUUUCAUGAGAAGGAUGGCAAAGCUUAUUGCCGCAAGGAUUACUUUGACAUGUUCGCUCCUAAGUGUGGAGGCUGUGCCCGGGCCAUCCUGGAAAACUAUAUCUCUGCCUUGAAUACUCUCUGGCACCCUGAGUGCUUUGUCUGUCGGGAAUGUUUCACGCCAUUCAUCAAUGGCAGCUUCUUUGAGCAUGAUGGGCAGCCCUACUGUGAGGUGCAUUACCACGAACGCCGUGGCUCGCUGUGCUCUGGCUGCCAGAAGCCCAUCACCGGACGCUGCAUCACUGCAAUGGGCAAGAAAUUUCACCCGGAACACUUUGUCUGUGCCUUCUGCCUCAAGCAGCUCAACAAAGGAACCUUCAAGGAACAGAACGACAAGCCCUACUGUCAGAACUGCUUCCUCAAACUCUUCUGUUAGAGCCAUCAUAGAUGGGGAACUGAGCAUCUUUCUGUCAGCCACUAGGCAGUCCAGUCUCUCUGAACAUUACUGUGAUUUAAAAACCUUACUUGGUGGGAGGGGGAGGGCAAAGGGUAUGCUCAGUGCUGCUAGACAGGCAGUAGAUCCAGAGAGACAAGAAGGACCAUAAAACUGGAAAUAGCCUUGCUGUGUGUUUCAGCAGGGAGAUGCUGAGACCUGUCAUGAAAGCUUGUGUGAUUGUUGACAGCUGAGGUGGGCCUGAAGGCUUUGGCAAGGAGACUCCUUCCUCAAGGAGGGAGCUGGGUCAAGCCUACGUGAGCGCAGUCCAGCCUUGUCAGCUCUCUCUGAGCCAAAAUGCAACGCUUCCAAACAGUGCGUUUGUUCCUUUGGUGACAUUUCCCCUCUCUCUCUCUCUGGGACUUUUGAAUACUGUGCAACCUGAGCAAUAGCUGCACAGCAAGGGCUGUGCUGUGACCUCUGUGCUGCCCUGGCUGUGCUCAGUGGAACACACAGGAUCUAGUGAUCUUGGAGUGUUGGCCCAGGCAGCCGUAAAGACCCUGCAGUGACGUCCCUUCUGGUCCCAUAACACUGCAGGGAAUUGAUGCCACUUGUUUUUCUUAACACAGUUGCUCUGUUUUCUAGUUUCUAUCAUUUUCCCCUCUCCUCAGCAUGCUGGAGCAGGACAUGUGUGGAGAAACCCUUCCCUGCUCCCCCAGCCUCUGGUGGGAGUGUCACAGCCUGUAUUCUGUGCUGUGCAUCCUGUGCUCCCCAUGAUUGCAGAGGGCAUAUGCUCCCCAAGUCUGCUGCUCCCAGGAGGGAAGAGCAGGCUGGCAGCAACUAAUUAUUAAGAGCGUGCAGAGAAGUGGGAGGGCUUGACCCCUCCACUCCCUGGUGUGAGUAUGGCUUGUGUGGUGCAUUUGGCCUGAAGCUUGCUAAUUGAAAAGCCUCUCUGGUUCUUUUUUUCUUUCUUUCUAAGGCUAGCGAAAAACAAAGAGACUGGAUCUUUUAUUUUUCCUCUCUCUGCUCUUUGCUGAUCAGGUCUGUCAGCCCUCCUUGAUACCUUCCUUUUCCUUGCUCUAAAACUAUGUUCUACUGAGAGAUGCUAGAGCAAUAAUCUUUUAUAUUGACUGUUACUGGUAUAACAAGUCCCUUGGGUCUGGUGUGCGUGACACACUUGGCAUUUUGCUAUCAACCUGAAUACUGUAUCCUGUCUUUGAUAAGAACUGUAGGUUUCUACACUGAGGUUUGAAUUCAUAUCUGAUUUACUUUUAAUCCUCUUAUACAGAAAUUGGUUUUGAAGUGAUUUUAAGAAAGCAACUUUUAUAUCUCACUGUGCUAUAUCAGCCAGUGCAUCAGUUGUGCUGGUUUACUGUGUCUUUAACCUCAAUGCUUUGUUAAACCUGACUAUUAACAUUAAGUAUUUUCUUUUUAUUGGGAGUUGGGAGGGAUCUGGAAUUUGUGGGGAAGGGAAUGUGACUUAUUUUUUUCCAGCACAAGCCAAUGAUCUAUGAAUAGCUUUUUUUUCAUGGAUCACCUGGAAUGAUUUUUUUUUUUUGUAACCUGUAAACUGCUGUAUUUGAAUGACCUGCCUUUCUCCUCAAGCCUACUUUCCAGGAAGCGAACGUGAGUCUUAAUUCAGUGCUGCGUACUGCAGAGUGGGAGAGCUCAAAGCUUCACCUUGACAGUUUCCCUUCUCUUCAGCAAUCAGAGUGAAGGGUGAGUCCUGCCCACAUGAGGAAAGGACAGCCUUAUGGCUAAAUGCAUAGGACCAGGAAUCAGGAGAUCUGAAAUCUGUUCUUGACAAGCUAUAUAGUUUUGGACCUGUUGGCUAAUCUCUCUGGGUUUUGAUUUCCCCCUCUAGAAAAUGGGGACAGUGGUCCCCUGUCUCAUGGGGUUGUUGUGAGGCUCAAUUCAUAUUUGCAACAGUGCUUUCAAAUCCUUAGAUGGAGGGUGAUAUAGAAAGGUAAAAAGUAUUACAUAAAAACCCUGCAGUGUUCUUCAGUAAUAGCCAAAGCAGCAGAAAUAAACAGAGUGUUUUGUAGCAUUACUCUAGAAAGCUGGAGUGUGUUUAUAAUUAAGGUGUAUAACAUUAAGAUGGUUAGUUUUGAACUUGGAAAAGGCACAGAAAGUUUUGAGAUUUGACUGUGUAAGAAACAAACCCUUAUUUUAACAGAGAGGUCCUCACUUCCUAUUUCAAGUAACCUUUUCUCAGUGCUUCACUAUCUUGCUUGAAUAACUGGGACUGUUUCUCACUGGUUUCCCAUACAAGUGAGCCUCAGUUUGUAGUUGUGAAAGCAAUGGGGUUUGAGGAACAAGUGGUAGAACUAAAAGAUACUUCAGCUGGGCUGAACACAGCCUUUGGAAAAUUCACAAGGCAAGAAACAAUAAGUAAAUUGUUUUCUUUUUGAAGUUAGGUUGACUUGAAAUGGGGAUUUCUGAGCUUUCUUUGUGGCCAUGUUGCUGAAACUGACACUUGUUCUGACCUGCCUGGGAGGGGGAAUAUCCUUGUGGUCAGAGCACUGGACUGGAAAUCAAGAGAUCAAGGUUCUGUUUCUGGCUCUGCCAAUUUUUCUGUGAUGCUCUUUGUAGCCUCUCUGUGCCUCAGUUUUCCUAUCUGUCAAAUAGGGAUAAUAAUACUUAACCUACCUCACAGGGGUUUUGAGGCUCAGUUCACAUUAAUUUUUUUAAGUGCUUUGAGAACCUUCGAUGGAAGAUGCUACAGAAAGGGAAAGUGAUGUUGCAGUAUGCCAUGUCAGCAAAGCAAAAAAGGUUUCAUACACACUCCCUCUAAUAAAGGUUUAACAAUCUCCCACAAUGCGAUGCUGCGGCUAGUAAAGCGACCAAAAUGCUGGCUUGCAUCCAUAGAUGCUUCUCAAGCAAAUCCCGGGACGUCAUUCUCCCCCUGUACUCGGCCUUGGUGAGGCCGCAGCUGGAGUACUGCGUCCAGUUUUGGGCUCCACAAUUCAAAAAGGAUGUGGAGAAGCUUGAGAGAGUGCAGAGAAGAGCCACGCACAUGAUCAGAGGUCAGGGAAGCAGACCCUACGAUGACAGGCUGAAAGCCCUGGGGCGCUCUUUAGCCUGAAAAAGCACAGGCUCAGGGGUGAUCUGAUGGCCACCUAUAAGUUUAUUAGGGGUGAUCACCAGUAUCUGGGGGAACGUUUGUUCACCAGAGUGCCCCAAGGGAUGAUAACUAGGUCGAACGGUCAUAAACUACUACAAGACUGUUUCAGGCUGGACAUAAGGAAGAAUUUCUUUACUGUCCAAGCCCCCAAGGUCUGGAACAGCCUGCCACUGGAGGUGGUUCAAGCACCUACAUUGAACACCUUCAAGAGCAAACUGGAUGCUUAUCUUGCUGGGAUCCUAUGACCCCAGCUGACUUCCUGCCCUUUGGGCAGGGGGCUGGACUCGAUGAUCUUCCGAGGUCCCUUCCAGCCCUAAUGUCUAUGAAAUCUAUGAAAACAUUAUUAGCUAAGCAAAAAGUUGAGAGCUUUUCCUGGGAUUUAAACUGGUUUGUGCUCUUCCAUAUUGGGAUGAUGUGUUCAUGGUUAUCACCAAGUGUCAUUUCCCCUUAAGAUGUCUGCUGCCAGUAGGAGGGCCAGAAAUGCCUAUUUUUAGUAAUAAUUUUAGUGCAGUUUAGAGUGGAACAUUGAAGAUGCUUCAUGGAGCAAACUGAAAAGAUCUAUGUGCUAGGAUUGCCCCAGGAUGAUUGGCAGUAUCUAGCAAGUAUACACCUGCUAGAUACUGAUAGUGCUAGAGGGAGAACCAGCAAGUUGUAGCGAUGCGCUGUUGCAGUUACUAGGACAUGAGGGAGAGGGUUUUGGAGGGGGGUAGGCAAGUAUGUGCCUUUGGAAGGCUGCAAGAUGUUGUUGUCUAGGGCUUAAACUGAAUACACCAAGGUGUACACAGUACACAUCUUCUCAGAGGAGCAAAGGAUCUGUACGUGGAAGGGUUUUGGAGCUCCACACUCAAGGCAAGUUAAGCUCAGACACAUCGCUGUUUCUUUGGAAGGUGGGUUUUUCUGGGUUUUUUUAGGGCUACCAUAACUUUCUUUUUAAAGGCCUUAGUGCUCUGUUUACAGUGAUCUCCUAAUCUGAUGAACUCUUGCAUUACAACCAGAGAGCUAUCAGGAUAGGCAGGUCUCAGUCAAAUCAUGUCCUGACUGGUUUGGGGGAAUUUCCCCUCUGGGUCGACAGUUAUCUGUUUUUUUUCCCCUUUGUAAACUUCUAACUCUGCUUUUUCCAUUUAAAAUUCCUGCAAUUAUGCUAAUAAAAUUUUUACCAUUAUUUUCA